AACAACUAAAAGAUGAAAACACGACACCAACUUCUACCUGCAUACUAAAGUUUCGUCUUUAAAUGUUGCAGCUGUCUCCUUACAUUUCACAUCUUCCUUGUUUCUUCUCUCUCUCUCUCUCCCCUCAAACUUAAAUUCACAUUUUAAUACUUGUUACUUCAACUAUAAUAAUAAUAAUAAUCUUUCUUCAUUAUAUAUUUUCCUCUCCUCUCAGAUCUUCUCUCUCACCAUCUUCUCUUGAGAUCAAGAUUGAGUAUUCUUGUCUCAAGAAUCGAUACUCGAGAGCUCUUAUGGACCAAAAUGGUCAUAACGACGAAGCAGAAACAGUUUCAUGCGGCAACGGCAACUGCAAAAGCAAGAUCGUGCCUGGAGAUGAUCACGGUGGAGAUGAGAGUAGUGGUACCAAGAGAAGGAAGAAGAGAAAAACGCAACAAAAGACAAUGAAACGACGUGAAUUAAUGUCGUAUUGUGAGCUACCGGAGUACAUGAAAGACAACGAAUACAUAUUGAAUUAUUACAGAGCUGAUUGGUCCAUUAGAGAUGCUUUCUUCAGCGUAUUUAGUUUCCACAAUGAGUCCCUCAAUGUUUGGACACAUUUGAUUGGUUUUAUCUUCUUUGUGGCACUAACCGUCGCCAAUAUUAUUCAUCACGACGGAUUCUUCCCCGUGGAUGCAAAGAGUCCAGGGAAUGUAACAAGAUGGCCCUUCUUCGUUUUCUUAGGAGGCUCAAUGUUCUGCCUACUCGCAAGCAGCAUUUGUCACCUCUUCUGUUGCCACUCAAAAGAGCUUAAUGUCUUCCUUCUCCGAAUAGACUAUGCCGGUAUCACCGCCAUGAUCAUCACUUCCUUCUUCCCACCAAUCUUCUACAUCUUCCAGUGCACUCCUCGGUGGUACUUCAUCUACCUCGCAGGCAUCACAUCCAUGGGAAUCUUCACAAUCAUCACACUUUUCACCCCAUCACUUUCCGCUCCCAAGUACCGAGCUUUCCGCGCUUUGCUCUUUGCCUCCAUGGGGCUGUUUGGGAUUGUCCCAGCUGCCCACGCGCUAGUGGUCAAUUGGGGAAACCCGCAAAGGAACGUGACGCUCGUGUACGAGUUGCUUAUGGCAGUGUUCUAUCUUGUUGGAACAGGAUUCUACGUAGGGAGAGUGCCAGAAAGGCUUAAACCGGGAUGGUUUGAUCGUGUGGGACAUAGUCAUCAGAUCUUCCAUGUGUUCGUUUUGUUGGGUGCUUUGUCUCACUAUGCAGCUGCUCUCUUGUUCUUGGACUGGCGUGACCACGUUGGUUGUUAAACCAUAUAUUUGUAAUUCUUUUAAAUAUAAUAUUAUUAAUUUGUUGUAUCGUGGUGAACAAAAUUGUAAUAACCCAUUUGUUUUAAAUUGAAUUGUAAUUCAACUUGUGUUAAUUGUUAUGUUUGUUGAAUAUGCAUGAUUUUCAGAAGUCUUUUUCUCUAUGAGAAGUUAAUGGUAAAUCAAAUAUUUGCC